AUGACCACAGCAGCAAAAAAAGCAGAAACAGCCGAAACAACGGACACGAACGACGAAGUAGCACUCUUCGACUCAGCCUUCCACACCGGAAACAUCCCUGGAUACCUCAGACCACCACUCCCACCCACAACCAGCACCCUGACCGGCAGACAGUCCAAGAACCACCCCCCGACGAUCGACUACACCCAGUUCAACAACGGAUUCCACUGCUCACGAUCACACGACCAGCUCAGCCAACUCACAGUCUCAAUCGCCAUCGGAGACAUCCAGCGAGCAGCCACCAUCAUCCUCGAGAUCGAACGCAGCCUGGGAUACUCCAGAACGAAAACAUUCCAGACCACCCUAGCUGAAAUCUCCAAGAGCAGACAACCACCACCUGCAAGCGAACCAUUGGCUCUCAGAAGAACACCAUCAUCCCUGCCCACCCUCAACCAGAUCAUCCACCCCUCCAUCUUCAGCUCCCUCCUCAGAAGGACCCUCGUCCAGGCCAUCAAGCAGGAAUCACUAGGAAACUCCUCCCAGGCUCAUCUCCUCCAGUCUCAGCUCUUCCACUGGCUCAUCAACUUCAAGCUUAAUGGCCAACACUGGGCCCAGCUCGACCACCAUCUCAUGGCCGGCGUUCUCAAAGGUGUCUUAUUGUAA